UCUCACACCUCGUCGUCAUUCGUCCUCCUCUCACUCUCACUCUCUCAACCCCCUCGGCCACCACCACUUCCAUCUCCACCACCAUCAUCACUCCCCCCUCUCCUCCUCACGCUCUCCUUACUCCCUCCCCACCUCGCCCACAUCGCCCACCUCGCCCACUCCCCCGACUCUCGCAGUCUCACAAUCCUCACUCUUCAACUGUCAUCAUCCUCACCAUCAUCAUCACAUCCACUGUCAUUCACUACCCCAACUCAUCCUCAACAUGGCUGACGGGCUUGGGGGCAGCCGCCUCAAGAAGCUCUUCCGCAACUCAAAGCCCACUGGCAUAGACCCCCUCCCCAUCCCAGACUCUCUCCCACCACCACCGUCUGCGCCACUCCAACAACCGCAGCCAAGUCGAAUUCACCACGACCCAACACGCAGACGACACCUAGUCAACAACAAUAGCAAUGUCACUCCAUUCCCAGUCGACGUGGGCCGCCACCAUUCUCAUCAACUUCCACUCGACGACGCUGCUGCAUCGGCAGCAGCAAACAUGACCCCGACAUCGGUCACGCCACUUCAUGGCAGUGCUGCUGCGCCUCCCGUUCCCCCUCCACCUCGUCCUUCCCGCGACACACGCGCUCCACCACAAACUCAUACACCAACUCUUGCAGAAAUCCAGGCCAUGCAGCAAGCAAAUCCAUACGACGAUAACGACCAUCCCGCUCCCAUUUACGCGUCACGAUCGCGCAGAGGCACCGACUCGAGCUCGAUUGACGGAUGGCUCGCGGGCGCACAGUCCCAGCGCGCUCUGCAGCUUGCCAACGCGCCGGGACCGGAACCCCCUUACGCCUCCCCCUAUGGAUCGCAGCAGCCUACUCCACCCUCGUCGCAGCAGCACUUCUACAGCCUUCCGCCUGGCGCCCGCCCCCCUUCACCCACCGCAUAUGGUGCUUCGACACCUCCAGCACGCGUUAGUCACAUGAGCCAGAACAGUCUUCACAGUAUCCCCACCCUCCCACCACCACCGCCACCGCCAGGCCCAGGCCCAGGCUAUGGAGCUGACCUCGACGCGUACGCACCCAGCAGAACACGAGGUUACAGCUCGGCGUCCCAAUCCGGCCGCGGUUCCGACCACGAAGGCGGCGGUGGCGCCCUUGGCACGGCGGUUGGGGGGUUGGGAGGGGGUCCGGGCCAUCUUGGUGGAAUGCUCAACAAGCCUCGUGAACCUACACAGACCCGUACAUCGCCUCUCGUGCAGUCCUACUCGUCCGACAUGAGCAAACCGCAGCCCAUGCUUCCGGAGCCCCCUAAACCCAAGAAGGAGAAGCAGAGCUUCUGGAAACGCGUGGGGGAUAGAAAGAGCAAAGACGCCAAAGAGGCUAAGAACAAGGACUCCACCUUUGCCGCUUUGGAUCGCGUCCCUUCGCCCUUCUUAACCCAGUUUCCUCAAGCGUCAAUGGAAAACGUUGCGCGUCCCAGCGGCGACGAGUUCACCGAGGGCUCGAUUCAUGGACAGCCCCCACAGUCUGUUCACGGCAAUGCACAGCCACCGUCCAUUCACGGCGCGCCCUGCGCUCCCUCGGCCCUUGGCCACGCCAGCUCGACGGGCCACGGCUUCGAGGAUUCUCGUCUCCGCUCCCGAGGCCUCGAUCUUAAUCUUCAUCUGCGACGCGACGAUGGCCCCGAAGACGACGACGUCUCGUCCGCUGUCCGGAGACUGUGCAGCACUCGUGGAACGACCUUUCCUGAUGUCCUGGAACUGUGUGACCGCAUCAAUGGCUCGGAGCACAAUGAUGCGGUAGGCCGCGAAGCCGCAAGAAGCAUCCGCAAGGUAUUCAAGAAUGGCACCGACAGUGAGCGCCGUAUGGCGUCAAGAGUAUGGCUCAUUGCCAUGGGCAACAUCUCCGCGAAGGACUUCCAUCGACAUGCCACCAGCCGCAAAUUGCUUGACACGAUCGAGCGCAUUCUCAAGCAGAAGGCUGAUCCACCCGUCUCUCAGUCAACGUAUAAGACGACCAUGGAGAUUGUCUCCGGCGUCACCUACACGUACCAUGCCAACCGUAGCUGCGAACAUCUGCUCGAGUUGUGGAACAAAGUCAAGCGCCCAGGAGACCCCGAAUUUGGCACACCUCUGCCUGACGACUAUCUUCCAAUCACCCCCGAGCAUCGCCGUCCCCGUGACGAUCGUCAGGAGCGCACUGAGUUCCCUCUCCCCGUCAUCACGUCGAUGGCCCCUGGUCAGAGAUCCCCGCUCCCGUCGCCUGCACCCUCUGUUCUCUCCCGACCUGCAUCGGAGCCGCUGUCGCGAGGCAAGCACAGCGCACGCGGCCCGGGUGGCUCGCCGCCACAGCUCGGCGGAGUUCCUUACUCGGUUCUGCCGGAUCAUGACGACGACAUGCGCCGGUUGUUUGAUGAGUGCAAUAGGGCGCUGGCUACAGCCAACAAACUUCAUGAGGCAUGCGUUUUCACCCGACCUGACAACUUUGAGGCAAACGUGUUGCUACACGAAAUGCAGCGGAAGGCCCUCAAGAAGUUGGAGUCGCUUAACAGCCAGAUGGGAUGGGCACAAUCAGAGGCGGAGAAGUCACGCCGGGUAGCAGACUCGAUCCCCAGAGCCGAGCAGGGGACGUUGGCUACUCCGGAGGAAUCUGCCCUUGAGAUCCUUCUCAAAGCGCACAGUCACCUUUCGGACACUCUUAGAGAGUACGAUGAUCUCUCAGAGCGGUGCAUUGAGGAGCGUCAAAUGCGCGAGGUUCAGGAGCGCAGCAAGACAGACACUCGCAUGGAUCGACGCCAACAGAUGGACAUGCUUGCGGCCCCUAAUGAGGGACUUGCGACGACGUCGCGCUCACCGUCACCGUCCAGGGCGGGCAAGGCAUUGCCAGACACUGGCCGCUCCCCGAGGACCACAGACUCUGGCCACGGCCACAGCUCGCACGGCAGCCACGUUGACGCUAUGGCUGCCCAUGUGGCUGCGCUGACCCUCGAACCAAAACGGUCGCGCUCGCCUUCUCCCGGUCGGAGCCUCCCAAUGCCGCCCAAGAUCGGCGCGGGCCAGUCGCCUCCGCGUUCAGGCUCACCGCUUGGCCGUGGAGCACGAGUGCCCGGCCCGCGCCCGCUCCCCAACCCGGGUGCGCAGCAGUUCCGGUCGGUCAACAGCAAUCCCAACCUUGUUUUGGCUGCAAAUGAGCAUGGCUCCAGGGCUUCCUUCGCGCGAGACGGAAGUGGAAGCUCGGGCGAGAUCCCGACGAGCAACGGCAAUGCCGCCGUUGCGGGUGGAGAGGAGGGCAUACCUCGACCAAGUCGCAAGGCGCUCGGCAAGCGCCGCGCAGUGCCUGAUGAAGACAACGACUUUGACCCGAAUGAGAUGUUCCUGGGCGGCGCGCCGAAGAAGACAUCGGACGCCGCGAGCGAUCACUCGGUAACGGCUGACGAGGUGUACCUCGCGAAGCCAAUCGAGUACGCAUACGACGCAUGGGCUGAGGCGAUGCAGCGCGAGAAGGAGGAGGCCGCUGCCGCCGCGGCUGCAAAGAACGCGCCGGCCUCGACGCCUGUGCGAUCGCCCGCGACACCGACACUUUCUGCGCCCGUCGUGUCGGCGAGAUAGGCGGCAAGGCAACUGUGGGCAGACUCUGCUUACCUUGGCCAUAUGUGGUGACUUGACGGGACCUGGCACGGUGCC